UAACAGACAUAUAUACUAAGUAGACGCUAACGGACCGUUGAGCAGGGAAAAAAAUAACAACAACAAGCAAAUUUCAUACUAAAAACUGUUCUAAUUAAAAAAUAACACUUUUAUAUUAAUAACAACAUGGACUUAAGUGGCAAGAAUGUAAUUUACGAAGGUGGCUUUGGCGGCAUUGGACAGCGUUGUCUGCAGGAAUUUCUAGCCAAAGGAGUGAAGAACUUAGCCAUUUUCGAUUUGCAAGAGAAUGCAACGCUGCUGCAAACCUUACAAAAUGCAUAUCCCGAUGCCAAUAUUUUCUUUGUGCAAUUCGAUAUCACUAAAAAGGAUAGCAUUACAGCAGCUUUCAAAAUAGCUGUCGAGAAAAUGGGUCACUUUGAUUUGCUUGUCAAUGGUUGUGGGCUAAUGGAUGAUAAUCAAGUUGAACUAAUGAUUGAUAUUAAUUUGAUGGGUCUGAUACACAGCACUUUUGCUGCUCUGCCCUAUAUGGAUAAAUCAACUGGUGGACGUGGCGGCAUUAUAAUCAACAUCUCAUCGGUAGCUGGCUUGGAACCAACAGCAGCUGUAUCUGUUUAUUCAGCAGCAAAGCACGGUGUUACGGCAUUUACACGUUGCAUGGCGAAUCCCUUCUAUUUCAAACAUCACGGCGUAACUUUUAUCACUAUUUGUCCUGGCAUUACAGAGACCGCGCUUGUGGCGAAUCCACACACAAAGUCCACAUUUAAAUUUGCGGCUGGCUUAGCUGCUCGUUUAGAUGAAGCCGGACGUCAAAGUCCUGAAAUUUGUGCUAAAAAUUUAGUAAAGGUUGCUGAGACUGGUAAAAAUGGUGGCGUUUAUAUGCUUGACUUGGGCGAAAUCAAAGAAAUUACAUUCCCAGUUAUGUGGGAACCAGUUUUUAAGUCAUGAGAUGAAAGUUUAAUUUCAAACGUGGAAAUUAUUUAAAUUAGAAAGCGGUGCAUAAAUUAAUAUACAUAUAGUGCUUAUCGUAACUAUACGACAUCAACAAAUUUGACUAGUUUAAAUUGCUUAAUUUAAAAUAUAGUUCAUUUUGUAUAAA